UUAAGCAUUGCUCUCAUAGUUUCAUAGCAUGGUAUACAGACAGUUCUAAGUCACAGAGGAAGCUGCAAGAGGAUAGAUAAGAGUUACACCGGUCAGACACACACGCUGCGCUGGGGGCUUGUAUCAAAAUGAAGUGGUAUAUAAAGCUGCUAGUGAUUGGAUUUCUUCUAUGGGACCAAAAUAAUGUCACAUCAGGAGAUGAUCUAACAAACAACACCGGUUCGUCCCAAUCUGACCAACAAGCAUCCACCACCACUGUCUCAAUGGAAACUCCCAUACUUACAGUCAACAGCUCUGCUGUUCCCAAUGCACUCACUUCUCCAGUCUUCUCCAACACAUCUCAAUCUGACCCACAAGCACGCAACGCAUCUGUCUCCGUGGACACUCUCAUACUUGCAAACACCAGCUCUGCUGUCUUUACUGCACUCACUCCUCUAUUUAACUCUAACACAUCUCAAUCUGACCCACAAGCACGCAACGCAUCUGUCUCCGUGGACACUCCCAUACUUGCAAACACCAGCUCUGCUGUCUUUACUGCACUCACUCCUCUAUUUAACUCUAAUGUCACCGCUGCCACGCAAGCACCCACUGCUUCCACGAAUCUCACAUCUGCAUUCACCACAGGUCCUACCAGCUCUGACUCCCACCUGUCCACAUCACCAGAACCAACACCAACCAUGAGUGUGUCCCCUUCUACCUCUGGAGAUAUUCCAGACAGAUGCAGUGGUGUCAAAUUCCGUCAACCAUCUUACAACAAUAAAACGGAAGACUUAAACGUAGAGAAACGUAACAACAGCAUACACUGUGAAAACAUUACCUGCCAAGGGAACUAUAUAUUCAAAUUAGAUUCGUAUCAAUUCUGUGUUAAUCAAUGUCAACCAAAAAUGAUCAAAUGCCAAACGAAUGGAUGCAACAUCAGUUUAACUUUGACUGUACCACCUGAUGGUAAAAGUUUGAACUUAACUGCCACUCCAGAUAAAGAGAAGGCCACUUUCACCUGGACAAACAUAGACAAUUGUAAUGUGACAGUAAACACCACUUGUACUGACGAAGAAAAUGGUGAGACAUUCUUUGGGGGAGAAAAUGUCGAUUUGGAGCCUUACAGGAAUUACAGUUGUGUUUCAAAUGCAUCGUACAAAGGAAAAGUCAUAAAAACAAAAACAAAAAAUAUAAAGACAAAGAUUGGAGAACCUGAAAAAGUACAGAAUUUGGGCUGUGAAUCAACAAAUACAACAAUUAAGUGUACAUGGGCUAAGCCGAAUAAAACAAAUGGACCAUUUAAUAAAUAUGUCCUAUAUAUUAAUAAUGAUCGCUCAGCAGAAUAUAAAGAAAAUAAAGAUGUGUUGAUGCACACAUUUGAACAGUUGGACCCGUUUACGGAUUAUAAAAUAGAAGUUGAAGCAUGCAAUUAUGAUGAGGACAAAAAAGAUCUUUGUGGAACACCUGAAUCUAAUACAACCAAAACAAAACCAGGAGUACCAACUGCUGUUCACAUUAUUAAUAAAGGCAUAAGUUCAAAAAGUAAUAAUGAGAUCACAAUAUCAUGCAAUCGCCCCACAAGAAUAAAUGGAGAUGGCGGUAUAUUUAUACUGACUCUAGAUGGCAAAACAUAUAGAGAUGAAAAGUGUAAAUUCGCUAUACCUGGCCUUAGCUAUCUGACAACAUACAAAUAUGAGAUUUACUUCUACAAUUUGAAACAUAAUGGAGUAAAAACGAUUGGUCAAGUUAAAACACGCUAUAAUGACAAGGCCCUUAUUGGAUUCCUGGCAUUUUUAAUUACAAUUACAUCCCUGGCCCUAAUCUUUGUCCUUAUUAAAAUCUACAAGCUGCAAAGGAGAUCAUCAAGCAACAAUGAAGACAGCAUCCCUCUAACCAACCAAGAUGAGGAGAAGCUACUGCUGGACAUUGAGCCUAUUCCAGUGGAGCAACUUCUUGACACAUACAAGAAGAAAAAUGCAGAUGAGGGACGGCUGUUCCUUGAUGAAUUUCAGAGUAUCCCUCGAGUUUUUAGCAAAUUUCCCAUUAAAGAAGCCAGAAAACCCUGCAAUCAGGCCAAAAACCGUUAUAUUGAUAUUUUGCCUUAUGAUGACAAUCGAGUGGUCCUGUCAGAGAUACAUGGAGAGCCUGGAUCAGACUAUAUCAACGCCAGCUACGUUAAUGGAUUUAAGGAACCAAGAAAAUACAUUGCUGCUCAAGGGCCUAAGGAAGAAACUAUGACCGAUUUUUGGAGAAUGAUUUGGGAACAGAAGUCAACAAUUAUUGUGAUGGUGACUCGUUGUGAAGAGGGUAAUCGGAACAAAUGUGCUCAGUACUGGCCAUCAGUUGAUGGAGAAACAGAAGCGUAUGGGGACAUUGUGGUGAAAAUCACAGACCAGAAAUUAUUUCCUGAUUACAUCACUCGGAAACUCCAUGUCACUCAUAGACGAGAGAAAACAGGACGAGACAUCACACACAUUCAAUUUACAGUCUGGCCAGAUCACGGUGUACCUGAUGAUCCCAAUCUACUGCUGAAAUUACGUCGGAGGGUUAAUGCUUUAAACAAUUUUUUCAGUGGACCAAUAAUUGUUCAUUGCAGUGCUGGUGUUGGACGUACAGGAACCUAUAUAAGUAUUGAUGCCAUGUUGGAAUGUCUGGAAGCAGAGGGCAGAGUAAAUGUUUAUGAUUAUGUCGUACAGUUGAGGCGUCAGCGCUGUCUGAUGGUCCAAGUAGAGUUCCAGUAUAUAUUCAUACACAAAGCUUUGGUGGAAUACAAUCAGUUUGGAGAAACAGAAGUCAGUAUGGCUGAACUACCGCUAAUCCUCAAUAGCUUGAAGAAGAAAGAUUCUCCCUCUGAACCUUCUCAGCUAACGUGCGAAUUUCAGAGAUUACCAUCAUAUAGAAACUGGAGACCACAAACCACAGGAAACCAUCAAGAUAACAAGGAUAAGAACCGAUUUGCCUCAGUUGUUCCAUAUGAAUUUAACCGUGCUCAGAUCAAGACUGAUGAAGAGCCAGAACAAGAAGUAACAGAGGAUUCUGAAAUGUCUUCAGAUGAUGACAGUGACAGUGAAGAUUCUGUAUACAUCAAUGCCUCAUAUAUAACCGGAUACUGGGGAACACGGGAGAUAAUUGCUGCCCAAGCACCUCUCAAAAAUACACUGUCUGAGUUCUGGCAAAUGGUUUUCCAAAAGAAGGCCAAGGCAAUUGUUAUGCUAUCUGCCCCUAACCAGGAGAACAAUGAAAAUAGCUGCGCUCCUUACUGGAAAGAGAAGAGCAAGACUUAUGAUAUUCUUCAGGUAGAGCUAACCAGUGAAAAAUCACACGGUAGCUAUACUGAACGUUGUUUUGAGAUCACUCAUGCUAAGAGGAAAGAUGUAAGAAAGGUGUCUCAGUUCCAUUAUGAACAGUGGGGGGAAGCUAUACCUUUAGAGACCAAGGAGCUACUGGAUAUGAUUGACAAGAUAAAGAAGAACAUUCCAGUCAAGAGAAAGGAGGAACAUACCAGGCAUGACAAAUCUGUGCCUCUCAUUGUUCAUUGCAGUGAUGGGUCUCAACUGACAGGCACUUUUAGUGCUCUGUGGUAUCUUCUAGAAAGUGCCCGUGUUGAAGGAGACAUUGAUGUCUUCCAGACUGUGAAAAAUCUACGUAGACUGCGCUCUGGAAUUGUGUCUUCCUUUGAACAAUAUCAGUUCCUUUAUGAUGUGAUGGCCAGCACUGUGCCUGUUAAGAAUGGUCAGAUUAGGUUAUCCAAGGAACAAGAUAAGAUGGAAAUAGAGAAUGAAUUAAAGAGCAAGUUUCCAGAAGUAGCCCCAUCUUCUGCAGUCAUUCCAGGAGAGGAGACCUUAUCUAAACCCAAGGACGAUGACACAACCGCUAAUGGACCCAGCCCAGCAGAAUUUACAGAUGUGACCCUGAGAAUAGAGGAAUAACAAGCAAAAAAUUGGGUAUAGAGGUGACAACUAAGCAUCCCUGGAUAACAAGCAGCUAUGUAAUGAGGAAUAAGCAAAUUUGAUUUGAACUAACGAAUCGUACAUAAUCUUCAGCGGAUACUCUUAGUUUAUAGCUUGUUUUACCAGACCACUGUAGCCUGUGUAAAGACAUGUUUUCAAAGGUGGAUGCUGCGUGCUUGAUGGACCGCUAUGUGUAGAUGUCAUAUCUAGUAAGCACAGGAGAUUGUGUAAAUCUUUGCAUACAGAUUGGGGUAUUUUUAUGCUUUUUUAGAAUUUUUAUUACUCUAUUUGGACUACAGAGUGUAAUCACAUCAUCGAUAGUUGGCUGGUGCACAGCACUGAAUCAUCGGUUUAUAUUGUUGUUUAAAGCCGGCUAAGCUAUACUCACUCUCAGCAGCAGGUUCUUAAACUUAUCAGUUUGUAUUUGUGCUUUUGAUUUAUUGUGUGCACCUUCUUGUUUUAAAAAAAACAUAGCUUCACCUAAUAAAUACGGUAUAAUAGGAAGUCUCGAUAAAUCCAAACUUGUAAAUCGCUAAUAAAUCCCUGUUGGGUAUCAACAACUUCAUGCAACUUUGUCCAGCAAACUGAAGUCAGCAAACUCUGGAAGUUUUAAACAUUUAUAUUAUUUGUCUACUGUAAGAUGUAAUGCUCUGUGCACAUUUUCUCCAGCAACAUCCCAUUCUGUGAACUUUCAGCCAUCAAAAGUUGGUGGAUAAGUCAUCGUAAUUAAAUAUAUUUUCCGUUA